AUGGUCAAGGGAGAAUUCUCGUUGAGUGGAGAACCAGUGGACAUUACCCAGAGGUUGAUUCACCGAUACUAUGACGCACUUUGGGCUGCCAAAAAUGACAGAGAUUUGAGUUUGAGUUCAGAACGGGAUGAAAAAGGUAACAAAAGUAGCGAAAGCAACGACAGCAACGGCGAUGAGCCCUCUGAGGGUCCAUUCCGAAAACUGGCUUCUAUUGUCAAAAGACUAUUUAGUCGAGACUAUGAACGUAAUGUGCUCAUCGAAAAGGUCACCCAGGAAAAGCAACACGCAACCUCGUACGAAGAAUGGGUCGCAGCUGCGUUGAGACUAGACGAGCUGACGCGCACUAACGAGUGGAAAGCACGAGAAGAAACUGCCCUUUACGACUACAAACUCAUCCAAACUCAUACCGAAAACAUGCGCCAGGCCCGUCAGGACAGGGACUACGCCCAAUUACUGUAUCUUAUACGAACGACCUGGAUUAGAAACUUGGGAAAUAUGGGCAACGUCAACCUGUACAGACACUCUCACGUCGGAACAAAGUAUGUGAUAGACGAAUACAUGCGCGAAUCAAAACUUGCUCUUCAAGAACUGGUGCGACACUCCGACCUGGAUGAAAGCUACCUCCUGGGCAUGCUCGUUCAAACUCGUAAAAAUAUUGGCAGAACCGCCCUUGUUUUAAGCGGGGGUGGAACCUUUGGUCUUUUCCAUAUUGGGGUUCUAGCGACUCUACUAGAACAGGAUCUGUUACCACGGGUCAUAAGCGGCAGUAGCGCCGGCGCUAUUGUUGCAAGCAUUUUGUGUUCUUGCCACAGAAGGGAGAUUGUAGGGCUUGUCGAAAGUGUUCUAGAAAAAGAACUCAACAUCUUUCAAGACGAUUCUGAGAAGACUCAAGGUGAGAAUCUCCUCAUCAAGAUUUCAAGAUUUUUCAAAAGUGGUACCUGGUUCGAUAAUAAGAACUUGGUCAAAACUAUGAUUGAUUUUCUCGGCGAUUUGACCUUCAGAGAGGCGUAUAAUAGGACGGGGAAAAUUCUCAAUGUUACGGUGUCACCAGCUUCUGUAUUCGAGCAACCGGGCUUGCUGAACAAUUUGACGGCCCCCAACGUUUUGAUUUGGUCUGCUGUCUGCGCAUCAUGCUCUUUGCCAGGUAUAUUCCCUUCGACGCCGCUGUAUGAAAAAGACUCAAAAACCGGGGAAACAAGGGAGUGGAAUAGCAGUACCGUAAAAUUCGUGGAUGGCUCUGUGGAUAACGAUUUGCCAAUUUCCAGAUUGUCAGAAAUGUUCAACGUUGAUCAUAUCAUUGCUUGCCAAGUCAAUCUGCACGUUUUUCCCAUUUUGAAGAUAUCAGUUUCUUGCGUAGGUGGAGAAAUCGAGGACGAGUUUAGUGCUCGAUUCAGGCAAAAUUUAUCAUCAGUGUACAAUUUUGUCUCCAAUGAGAUUAUUCAUGUUCUUGAGAUCGUAACAGAGCUUGGUAUUGCAACCAAUGUUCUCACUAAGUUCAGAUCCAUCCUGUCCCAGCAAUACUCCGGCGACAUUACUAUUUUGCCUGACAUCAAGAUGCUGUUUCGGUUGAACGAAUUGUUAGCAAACCCUUCGACUGACUUUCUUUUAAGAGAAACAGUGAACGGUGCUAGAGCCACUUGGCCUAAAAUAUCCAUUAUAAAGAACCACUGCGAGCAAGAAUUCGAGCUCGACAAAGCAAUUUCAUAUUUGAAGGGUAAAAUCAUAUCAAAUCCUUCUUUCACGACCAAAAAUCCUUUCCAAUUCACAGAUCUUUCGAUAUCACUUAUCAACACACCUGAAAUGCCUACUUAUGACGGUCAGGUCCCCAAUGAUCUAGAUGACACCAUUUUAAACCCUCACGCAACCGACAGGAUGUUAGUCAUAGAUGAUACGUCCAAGAGACCGCAUUCCUAUGGCAAGACAAGUAUUUCAAUCGCAGACCCAGGCAAAGCUAUGCAUCAUCACCGCCGCAAAUCUGAUUCAUAUGCGAAAGGAAAAAGUAGUACUCGCUACAGCAUAUCCCACCCAAGUGCCGCAACCUCACACAUUUCGACGAAACUGCUACCAACUUUAAUGGGCUACAGUCCUCGAAUGGACAGGAAAAAGAGUGUUGGACAACUUCCAUUUGGCUCUAACGCCAACAGACCACUAGACAACAACCCCAGGCUAGAAACAAAGAGGCACAGCAGUAGCUUCACCGCGCUCCACGGUCCCAGAAACACGAACAUAUAUUCUUCUAUUCGAACAAAUCCACCAUCACCCCUUUCGGUCCCCAUUAACACGAACCCUGAAGAUACGUCGCGGAAGGGCUCCUUCUCGUCCUAUGAAUCACCGCUCAAAUCGUAUUAUAAGCGAGGCACCAAACCGCAUAAGGGAAGAGCUCCAGUCUCUAAUCGCUCCAAUUCCACGGGUACAACUAAAACAAAAACUUCUAGCAAGGUCAAGGCGGGCUCAAAACCUGAACUGAAGACAAUCUCAUACGUGGACGACGACUCCAUAGACCCGGUUCAAACGGUAAGCAAUGAAGAUGCAGAUAAGGAAAGUAGCUGA